AUGGGCCCGUAUAUCGUCGAUUAUGCAAACCAUUACAACAAAACCAUGAAUCCGAAUGGGAUUGUCUGGUUGACUGCCGUACAAAUCACAUUCGAGUCUAUUGCCAUGCCUUUGGGGGCGUGGAUGCAUCGUAAGUGUCACAUUCGCCUGGUAGUUGCACUGGGUUCCCUUAUUCACAGUGGUGGCAUUGCACUAACCUAUUUCACACUGAAAACUGGUUACUUGGGUGUGUUAUUGACCUAUGGUGUACUACAAGGUUUCGGAAUGGGGUUUGGAUAUUCGGUGACCAUGUCGGCCGCGGGGAUGUGGUUUCCUAAUCAUCGCGGCCUGGUGGUUGGAUUGAUUAUAGGCGGUUUCGGUGCUGGGGGAACACUGUUCACACCAAUUCAGACACGAUUCAUCAACCCACGCAAUCUCAAGGUGGACAAUGAAACACAGUAA